AUGGCUGAGUCAAAUACACUUCAAGCACUUGGAAAACUGUUCAAGGCAACCCAGCAACAAAUAGCCUUGCAGCAAAAGCAGAUUGAGCUUAUGAUGCAGAGAAAUGAGGGACAUGAAGGCCUUGUAGAUGCACUUGCCAAGACCUGCAGCGAUUUUUCAUUCGAUCCUGAGAAUGGAAUUACAUUUGAAGAUUGGUACAGGCGCCAUGAAGACAUCAUCAGAAUCGACGGCAAAUCUCUCAGUGACGAUGCCAAGGUACGUCUUCUUCUCAGAAAGCUAGAUGCAAUUUCCUUUUCUCGCUAUUCCAAAUAUAUUUUGCCCAAAAGUCCUCGUGAUAAUAAUUUUGAGACCACUGUCAAGAUUCUCAAAGAGAUUUUUGUUGCGCCAAUGUCUAUUUUCUCCAAACGUUGGAAAUGUCUGCAAGUGGACAUGAACGAGACAGAAGAUUUCAUUGACUACAUGGGACGUGUAAAUCAACUUUGUGAGGAUUUUCAAUUCAAUACACUCACAUUGGACUCAUUCAAAGCACUUAUUUUUGUUUUGGGCUUGAAAAAUGCGCGUUUUGCUGAAAUUCGUACGCGUUUGCUGCACAAAUUAGAUUCGAAAACUGAGGGAGUCACUCUUUCAUAUCUCCUUGAAGAAGCUAAACGUCUUAGCAAUCUCAAGAAAGACUCUGCACUUGUGGGAUCUUCCGAGGGUUCAAAUACCCCACCAGCCUCAGUGAAAACAGUCAAGAAAUUCACCAAACCCAAGUUCAAUAACAAAAAGUCCUCAAAAACUUCCACUUCACACGAUCCACCCAAAGAUACGCCACGAACACCUUGCUGGUUUUGCGGAAAUAUGCACUUUUCUCGCGAUUGCACUUUCAAACAACAUAAGUGUAAGGCUUGCGGUACUUUCGGGCAUAAAGAUGGCUACUGCCAGAGCGCGAGUAGGGCGAAGAAGAAGCAUGUUUCGAGAUCAAAUGUCAUUCGCAUUGUCAAUUGUACGACACAUGAAACACGACGUUUCAUCGAUGUUUCAAUCAACUCGCAACCAGUUGCAUUGCAAUAUGAUUCUAAAUCAAAGUAA